AUGAGGUUCAAGAUAGAUGAACUCGAAGUGCUUUUUCCGUAUCCAAAGAUUUAUCCUGAACAAUGGCAAUAUAUGUGCGACCUGAAAAAGGCUCUAGAUAGCGCUGGACACUGUCUACUUGAAAUGCCCUCUGGAACUGGCAAAACCGUGACCCUCUUAUCGCUCAUUGUCGCCUAUCAACAGCACCAUGGCGACUCCAGGAAACUCAUCUACUGCUCUCGAACCAUGAGUGAAAUUGACAAGGCGCUUCACGAACUAAAGGCUCUCAUGAAAUAUCGCGCAUCGCAAUUAGGCUACACAGAAGACUUCCGUGGACUGGGACUCUCCAGCCGGAAGAAUCUCUGUCUGCAUCCAUCUGUAAAACGCGAAAAAAGUGGAACGGUCGUUGAUGCGCGGUGCAGGAGCCUCACAGCGUCCUUUGUAGCGCAAAAGAAGGAACGCGGCGAAGAGGUCGACACCUGUACAUAUCAUGAUAACUUGGAUCUACUAGAACCGCAUAAUUUAAUUGAGCCGGGUGUGUUUUCAUUCGGUGAUCUCCUAAAAUACUGUCAAGAAAAGGUCACAUGUCCGUAUUUCACCGUCAGACGCAUGUUACCAUAUUGCAACGUCAUAAUCUACAGCUAUCAUUACCUUCUGGAUCCUAAGAUCGCAGAAAGAGUAUCAAAAGAGCUAUCGAAGGACUGUAUUGUUGUUUUCGAUGAGGCUCACAAUAUUGAUAAUGUGGCUAUUGAGUCGCUCAGCAUUGAUUUGACUGAGGAUUCAUUACGGAAGGCCUCCAGAGGAGCCAAGAACCUCGAACGCAAAAUUGAGGAAUUGAAAUCGUCAGAUGCCGAAAAAUUGCAAUCAGAGUACACAAAACUUGUUGAAGGUUUGAAGGCUACCGAAGAAGCAAGAGACGAGGACUUGAUUAUGUCAAAUCCCGUUUUACCAAAUGACCUACUAAGUGAGGCUGUGCCUGGAAACAUUCGCCGUGCGGAACACUUCAUAGCUUUUCUGCAGAGAUUCAUACAAUAUCUGAUGACACGAAUGAAAGUCACGCAUACUAUCAGCGAGACGACCCCAAGCUUCUUACAACAUUUACGUGAACUUGUUUUCAUCGAGGCAAAACCGCUCAAAUUUUGCUCGGAACGACUAACUUCUCUCGUCCGUACUCUGGAGCUUAUGAAUAUUGAAGAUUAUCAACCGCUACAAGAAGUUGCAAUGUUCGCCACGCUUGUUAGCACCUACGACCGUGGCUUUUUACUGAUUUUAGAACCGUUUGAAUCUGAGGCCGCCACAGUCCCUAACCCCGUGCUACAUCUUGCGUGCCUUGAUGCUGCCAUAGCUUUCCGUCCUGUGGUCGAACGUACUUUAACUCCUCUGGACAUGUUUCCUAAGAUGCUCGACUUCACCCCAGUCUUACAAGAGUCUUAUACUAUGACCCUUGCCCGGCGCUCUUUCCUUCCGAUGAUAGUUACUAGAGGAUCAGAUCAAUCACAAAUUUCUUCCUCUUUUCAGACAAGAAAUGAUCCAAGUAACUUGCGCAAUUUUGGUUCUUUACUGCUUGACUUUGCCAGGGUCGUUCCUGACGGCAUCGUGGUUUUCUUUCCGUCGUACUUGUACAUGGAGUCCACAUUACACGUGUGGUCCGGUAUGGGUAUAUUGGAUAUGAUCUGGAAUUAUAAGCUCAUUUUGGUCGAAACUCCGGAUGCUCAAGAGUCAUCUCUAGCUUUGGAAACUUAUCGAACAGCAUGCUGCAAUGGCCGUGGAGCCAUUUUGAUGUCCGUCGCGAGAGGCAAAGUGGCAGAAGGUGUGGAUUUCGAUCAUCAGUAUGGGCGUGCAGUCAUAUGCAUUGGUGUUCCCUUUCAGUACACGGAAUCACGUAUACUGAGGGCACGACUCGAGUUUCUCCGAGAAAAUUACGGUAUCCGAGAGAAUGAUUUCCUCUCUUUCGAUGCCAUGAGACAUGCUUCGCAGUGUCUAGGCCGUGUCAUCCGUGGUAAAGAUGAUUACGGUAUCAUGGUUCUCGCGGACAAACGCUUCGCGCGCAAGAGAGCCCAGCUUCCAAAAUGGAUCAGUCAAACUAUAUUGGAAAGCGAGGUAAAUCUAAGUACUGACAUGGCUGUCGCGACCGCGAAAAAUUUCCUACGCACAAUGGCGCAGCCCUUCAAGGCCAAAGACCAUGAAGGCAUCUCCAGCUGGACUCCAGCACAACUAGAUGAGCAAAUUGUGAAACGCAAGCUAGAAGAGGGCCGGGUCUUGGAGUCACAUCUUACACAAGGAAACGGUCACGAAGCGAUGGACGUACAAGCUGACAGAGAUGAAUUUGAUGACGACAUUGACGAGGAACUGAUGAUGUUAGACACAUGA